AUGCGGUUUCUUCAACCUUUAGCUCUUCUGGCCAUUGGUGCACUAGCCACUAGCCAAAGGGUCGAUCUCAGCAAUUGCCCUCUAUUAGGACCAGCCUAUCCUCGUCCAAACCUUCAUAAGUCACAGGUGAUCAAAGACAUGCAGGAGUCAUUCGCAAAACUCAUCGAGGAUGCGAUUUCGACCGGCGAAACGGACUUGGGCAAGAUAAACACCGCUACUGCCUCGUUUUCAAUCGGUGUAUUCUCUGCGGACUCGGAUGAGUUCCUCUACGAGCAUCAUCAUCGGGGGACCGAGCUCGAAGGGACGGUUACCGGCGGCUCAUUGAAUUUGGAUACGCUGUAUCGCAUCGGUAGCGUCACCAAGCUACUGACUGUGUACACCAUUCUCGUCAAGCUGGGUCCUGCGUACUGGAACGAGCCGAUCACCAAGUUCAUCCCGGAGCUCGCGAACGCGCCGGCAGGAAACCGGGCGCAUAGGGUGCAAUGGUCUGAGGUGACUCUGGGGGGAUUGGCUAGCCACAUGAGUGGUAUUGCACGCAAUAAUCACUUCGUCGACCUAUCUGGCAUCGAUGGUAUCGAGGAUAUGGGACUCCCUCACCUGAACGAUUCCGAUAUCAUCAAGUGCGGUUUACCGGAGAUGCGACCUUGUACAAGAGAAGAAGUACUCAAUUCCUUGCUGGAACAGUAUCCCGCUACAGCAACCUGGCACACCCCAGUGUACAGCAAUGAAGCCUUCCAGCUCAUAGGGUGGAUGUUUGAGAACAUCACAGGCGGCCCCGUAGGAGAUGCCUUCGAGGCCGGUAUUGCAAAGCCCCUAGGCUUGUCUCGAACUUUUUGGGAUCCGCCCAAAGACGACCCAAAUGCCAAUGUUGUUGAUCUCGAUUCGUCGACGACGAAGUCGUUGAUAGGCUACCCAUUUGGAGAGGGAUUAGCCACGUACACCCCCACCGGCGGCGUCUACUCUUCUAUGGGUGACCUCUCCACCAUCGGCCGCUCCAUCCUCGCCUCAUCUCUCCUACCAAACUCAGUGACUCGUGAAUGGCUCCGACCGGUGACGCAUACCCAGCACACACACAGUGCCGUCGGAAGACCAUGGGAAAUCACCCGUAUGGACGUCGCCGCCAGCCCCGGCUCCAAACGCACCCGUCUCGUGGACCUGUACACCAAGAACGGCGGCAUCGGUGCCUACCUGACUUACCUCAUCCUCUCGCCCGACCACAACAUCGGCUUCACUCUCAUGACGGCCUCGAAGACUGCCUACGGAGACGGCAUUCCCGACUCUACUUUUGACGUCCUCAGCGAGUUGCUCCUGGAGAAGUGGAUCCCCGCCGCCGAGGCCGCGGGCCGGGAGGCGGUGGGUGAGGACCUUGUUGGCACCUAUGUAGCCGAUGACGGAUCGGACUCUCGGGCCGAGUUGUCGCUGGUUUCCGACAGACUCGGUCUGACGCUCCAAGAACUUGUGCUCAACGGCACGGACUUCUUUUCGAAGGUGGGCGGGAAACUUGGUUUCCAGGGUGCCAAUCUACAAUUCAUAGGGCUCCAAGACGAAGGAGAGAUGGCAUUCCGAGCCGUCUUCUCGAGUCCUGAUGCAGCGCCUUCGGGUCGGGAACCCAUACUGGGGAAGAAGUGCGGGUCAACUUGGGGAGGCGCUGGGUCGCUUACGUACGGCAACAUCGCCAUAGAUGAGGUUGUUUUCACUGUGGGUGAAGACGGGAAGUCAACCAGUGUAAUCUUCCCCGCGCUGCGCGUGAAGUUCACCAAGAGAUUGAGCAAGACAUCGGCGGGAGUAACAGAGGGUGGAAUCUUUGAAGAAUUAUGA